CUAAAAGGGAGUGGAAGGGAAAAGGGGUUGAGGGGUCUCAGGCAUUAUGUGUCAGAAUGAUCGCAAGCCCUAAACUGUCCACACUGUGUCCCGGCAAAAAGCUAGGGCUGAGGAUCCUUUCGAGGGGUUUCUGCAGUAGCAGAAGCCUCUGGCCAGAUCCCACUAGAUUGCACUGCAGCUUUGCCACAGAGACAGCCUUUCUCUUUGGAAUUCUCUUGGCGUUUUGGUUUUAUCUCUUUUGCAUUUUUGUCUUCCAGAGUGGAACACUUAAGGAUCCAGACUCGAGCAAGACCCCGCCUCAGCGGCCACCCCCCCAAGGGGGCACUGGGCAACCCCAAGGAAUGCAGCCCCCAGGCAAGGUGCUGCCUCCACGCCGGCUCCCCCCUGGACCAUCACUGCCACCUUCUUCCUCUUCCUCCUCCUCCUCUUCUUCCUCCUCCUCCUCCUCCUCCUCGGCUCCUCCACGGCUGGGCGGCCCUACCACCCACGGAGACGCACCCUCCAGCAGCAGCUCCCUGGCCGAGGCCCAGCCACCUCCAGCUGCUCCACCACAGAAGCCCCAGCCUCACCCACAGCUCAACAAGUCGCAGUCCCUGACAAAUGCCUUCAGCUUCUCUGAGUCCUCCUUCUUCCGGUCUUCAACCAGUGAAGAUGAAGCCAAAGCGGAGACCAUCCGGAGCUUGAGGAAGUCCUUUGCCAGCCUCUUUUCAGAUUAGCUCUUCAGAAUCACAGGGGCAUCCAGCCCAACCAGGAAAGGCAUCUAAGACAUUCACCAACAACAGUUAGCCACGCUUGGUGGUGAUGUCCCAUGACCUUGACGUGCGUGGCCCCUUCCUCUGCUCCGUUGUGCUAAGUGAUGUUGUGUAACCCAGAAAGGACAAUGUGACAGUCUCAGGGCAGGUGUCUACCUAGAGAGGGGCACCUGACAUCAGAGAGGAAAGAGCUGCUUCCCCGUAGUCGUGAGAGCUUCCUUCUGAGGUCAUCGUACACUGUGAGUUUAGUGGCCUUAUUGUAACGGCGCCAUCAUGUCUUAUUCUUCCCUGUGAAACCAGGAAUUCUUUAGUUGAAGACUCCUUGCAGCCUAACCCAGCUCAGAUGCAGUACUAAGCAUGCCCCCCACCUUUAGGCAGUGUGAUGUAUUUGGGAAGAAUAUACUUAACUGAAAGUACGCUUGGCUGUAAGUUUUAGGAACUUUUCCAAACCUGGACCCCUUGUCAUACCUGUUUUACUGUUGAGAGUAUACCCACCCAGCCCACGAGAUCCCUAAACUGUCGUGGUAGUAAAGACUGUGAGUCUGCUGAUACUGGAGUGAACAAGGGUCUGCAGUUUCCUCUUUCUUCCCCUAUGAGAGUGGUUCUCCUAUGUGAGCUGCAGUGACCUGGAAACUCGGAAGCCACACUGUAGAGGUGUCACAAUAUGCAUGCCACUAUAACAGCAGUAUGCCAAGUUCUGUGUUCAUCCCCUAAUAAAUGUUAAGACCUUUGGUGUAAUAAAAGCAGCAGCGUUAAACAGCA